AUGGGCUUCACCAUGGGCCUGAACCUUCUCCUCCUCUUGGCCAUGGUCGCCACCAACAUUUUAUCUCUCUACCAUCUCUCUUCCAACAUUCAGUCCAAGCCCCCCACUCCCCCACCCGUCCCCGACCACCUCAUCCACCAGCUCACCACCAUCCGCGCCACCAUCAACCACCUCACCUCCCUUCACCCCUCCGUCGCCAAGCAAACCCCAUCCUCCGCCUCCGCCGCCGCGCCCUCCGAUCUCCUCAUCUACACCAACAUCGCACCCAUCGCCUCCUCCUGCAGGGACAACCCCGCCCUCCUCCACCGCUAUAUGAAUUACACUCCCUUCUCCCUCUGCCCCGCCGACGCCGGCCUCGCCGAGGACCUCAUCCUCCGUGGCUGCCACCCCCUCCCCCGCCGCCGCUGCUUCUCGAGGACACCCCCCUCCCAGCCGCAGCCGCCACUCCCGGCGGACCCGUUCUCCCCCCUCCCCGACCGGACGCCGUUCCUCCUGACCCGCUACGCCUGCCGGACUUUCUCCUGCCUCGCCGCGGGCUCGAAUCCCGACAUGGGCUUCGACAUGAGGGUCGAGAGGUCCAAGUUCGUGACCUACAGAUCUGAACUUGACCUCCCGAUCCCGCAGCUCCUGCAGAUCGCGGCGUCGGCGGGCGUCGCCAUCCGUCUCGCGGCGGACGUCGGCGGCGGGACGGGCACCUUCGCCGCACAGAUGAAGCUGCGGAACGUCACCGUGCUGACCACCACCAUGAGCCUCGGCGCGCCGUACAGCGAGGCGGUGGCCGCCAGGGGGCUGAUUCCCCUGCACGCGCCCCUGCAGCAGAGGCUUCCGGUGUUCGACGGGGUCCUGGAUCUGGUGAGGUGCGGGCGCGCCGUGAACCGGUGGAUCCCGGCCACGUCCUUGGAGUUCCUGCUCUUCGAUGCAGAUCGGGUUCUGAGGGCCGGCGGCUAUCUUCUGCUGGAUCGAUUCUUCAGUAAAAAAUUGGAUCUUGAGACGGUCUAUGGGCCGAUGAUAGGGAAGUUGGGCUACAAGAAGGUGAAAUGGGCCGUGGCCGAUAAGAAUGAUCCAAGUGGGAUUAAGAAUGGGGAAGUUUAUCUGACUGCACUUCUGCAGAAGCCAUUGAAUAAAUGA